AUGCCAACAUCAUUGAUUGGUUCUGCGGUAUUCUCUUCGCCACCAACGUCAGAGUUGAUUGGUGCCUAUUUCAUGACAUUUUCGCACAAUCAACGCAAUAUGCUGAACGGCGUACCAGGCGAUUCGGCGACCACGUUUCCAGCUUUAACACCAACAAUCAAUGGAUCGAAAAAACCAAACAAGCCUGUAUUAACAAAAACUAAAUCAAAACGACCCAGAAAGGAGCAUGUAAGCAAGGAUGAGAUCCCGACCAGUUGUCCAGCUCUUCAAGUAGCAGAACAGUCUACUACUAUUGCCGUGGUUCGAGCACCAAGUACGCAACAACUGCAGUUUGACAAAAUGUCCGUGCAUUCGGUAAGCUCAGAGGAUAUAUCAACAUCGAACGGUGGCAAAUGCUGUAGUGCUGCAGCUCGCAAUCCAGCCAUCAAGACUGGUCGUCGCAUACAGCUGAUGCAGAUGAUCAUCUUGCCAUUCAUACCGAUAUUGGCCUUGAUUGUCCAAACAUCCAUUUCACUUCACGACGUCCUCGAGUACCGUGUCGAGGUGGCUGAUAUAGAGACACAGGUUACCAUUGCCACGGAUUUAGGCAAAGUUGUGACACACUUGCAGUUGGAAAGGUCAGAGGUGGCCUUUUAUAUAUUUACGAAUGGCAGUAAAGUUCGAUCAAAUUUGACUCAACGUUUCGCUGUCACAGAUCAGGCACUUAAUAACAUGACCACCUGGAGUGAGGUUAGCGUACCCACGUCACCAGAUGACGACGAUUACGAAGUUCUAUUAAAUCGCACCGAAUUCCAAAGUCGGUUGAAUGAAUUUAGAGACAGAAUACGCGCUGAGCCGGAGGAUAAUUCAAUCACCGAUGUCAUGAACUGGUACACUUCGAUUAACAAGGCCUUGCUGCAUCAUCUGUCGGAGCAAAUAAAGGAAGCCGACAACAGUGGGGUGUGGAGAUAUUUGGUGGGCUUCAAGAAUCUUCUCAAAAGCAUCGAAUGCCAAAAUAUCGCCUCCUCUUUUGGAAUCAAGUAUUAUGGACGCGGUUCUCUGGGCUCCGAUGGAUUUGUCAAUUUCAUACGAUACGAAUUCUUGGCGAGAGAAUUUAUCAAUUCAACCCUCAAUUAUGUCCCAUCACUCAGGGAGAUGUACGUCAACAUCACGAGAACAGAAAAAUACAAGAAAAUGAAACGAAUGAGUUCGGUUGUUUUGAAGAACCAUCGACGCAAUGGCUCCGACGAGCAGAGCGCCAUCGAAUAUUACGACUCCAUGCACAACUACACAGACGACUUGAGAAUACUACAAAAGGAUUUAAGACUGCAAAUCAAAGCCUACGUCGGCGAAACUUUGAAAGCUGCUGCCAAAAACGAGGCCAUCGGAAUUUCUAUAUUAAUUGUGGUGCUCUGUGUUUCACCAAUUAUAAUAAUUCUUGUGAAAAAUGCAGCGGCAACCAUACAGGUGUACGCUUUAAACUUAGCCGAGAAGGCUAAGGAACUGAAACGAGAAAAACGCAAGAGCGACUCGCUGCUGUUUCAGAUGUUGCCCCCCAGUGUUGCCAUGCAAUUAAAACAUACACAGCAGGUUCCCGCCGAGCUCUAUGAAUCGGUCACUGUUUAUUUUAGCGAUAUUGUCGGAUUUACCGAAAUAGCAGCGCGAUGUACGCCAUUGGAGGUUGUUACAUUUCUCAACUCCAUCUAUCGCGUAUUCGAUGAGCGUAUUGAGUGCUAUGAUGUUUAUAAAGUCGAAACAAUAGGCGAUUCGUACAUGGUGGCCUCAGGAUUACCCGUUAAGAAUGGCAACAAACAUAUUACAGAAAUUGCAACAAUGGCCCUUGAUUUGCUGGACGCUUCAUCAUGUUUCAAAAUACCCCGUUCUAUGGAAAUUUUACAGAUACGCUGUGGUGUGCACACUGGUCCAGUCGUUGCAGGAAUAGUCGGUACGAAAAUGCCACGUUAUUGCCUUUUUGGUGACACUGUCAAUACAGCAUCUCGCAUGGAGUCGACGGGGGAGGCACACAAAGUUCACAUAACGGAGGAAAUGAAUCAGGCCUUGAUGAGGGUGGGUGGUUUUAGAACGGAACACCGUGGCCUCAUAGACGUUAAGGGUAAGGGCCUCAUGAGCACCUACUGGCUGACCUGCAAAGAUGGACCGGUUAAAGUACGCGAAGAAAUUGCCUGGUUUGCCGACAUUCAGCCGGUCUUUUUGGAAAACCUGAAAUUGGACCCCUCGUACAAGCAGAAGAAGCAGAAAAAAUGAAUUGUAACGUCUAAUUAUUUGAUAACUGUAGUUUCGAAGUCGUCCAGCACUACCACCAGCACCAAAACUCGCCAUCAUUAUUUUUAUGUGAUUACAUGCAUCCAAACAUA